GGUCGGGGCAGCGCUCAAGUGGCGGUCAUUGUAGCCCCGCGCUGGUCCACGCCGCCAGAGCUGGGGGGCGCUUUGUUCGGCCAGAGGUACGAGGGCGGGAGGGCGCGGGAAAGAGUCCUCCCUGCUGCACUGCGGCUGAUCUGACGGCUGGCGGCGGCGGCGGCGACGGUGACGGCGGUGCCCGGGUCCCCGCGAGGGUCGCCCGCAGCUCCUGACUCCGAUUCGCCCACAGACCGAUGGCGGCGGCCAAGCUGAGGGACCCAGCAAAGGUUCCCAAGACUACAGAAGCACAUAUGGACCUCACAAAGGGCUAUGUGACCUUUGAAGACGUCGCCAUUUACUUCUCACAGGAAGAGUGGGAACUUCUUGAUGAGGCUCAGAGGCUCUUGUACCUUGAAGUGAUGCUGGAGAACUUUGCACUUGUAGCCUCACUGGAUUGUGGGCAUGGAACAAAGGAUGAAGAGACACCUUCUGAACAGAAUGUUUCUGUAGGAGUGUCACAGUCUAAGACAGGUAUGUCCACUCAGAAGACUCACCCCUGUGAGAUGUGUGUCCCCAUCCUGAAAGAUAUUUUGCUUCUGGCUGAUCUCCCUGGGCAGAAACCACACAUGGUUGGAGCAUGUACAAACCGUCACCACCAGAAGCAUCAUGUUGCAAAAAAGCCCUUAAAGAGGGACAUGGACAAAGCCUCAUAUGCGAAGCACUGCCUACUCCAUGUCUCAGGGAAGUCUUUCCCCAGUUGGGAGGUUGGGAAGGACCUCCCAUCCAUGUUGGAGCUUCUGAGGUCCCUGGCCUUUCCCAAAGGUGAGGAGCCCAGCAAAAUCACUGAGUGUGGGAAAGACAUUCACAGUCAAAAAAGUCACAACAAGUCGGGCAAAUGUGGGAAAGCUUCCAGGCACAAACAGAGCUCUGUUCACCGCACAAGAGUCUACACUGGAAAAAAGCUUUAUGAGUGUAGCAAAUGUAGGAAAACCUUCCGUGGCAAGUACUCACUUGUUCAGCACCAGAGAGUCCAUACAGGAGAAAGGCCUUGGGAGUGCAGCGAAUGUGGUAAAUUCUUUAGCCAGACCUCCCACCUCAAUGAUCACCGGAGAAUCCACACUGGAGAAAGACCUUAUGAGUGCAGUGAAUGUGGAAAAUUCUUUAGACAAAACUCCAGCCUUGUUGACCAUCAGAAAAUUCACACUGGAGCAAGGCCUUAUGAGUGUAGCCAGUGUGGUAAAUCCUUUAGCCAAAAAGCUACCCUUGUUAAACACCAAAGAGUUCACACUGGAGAAAGGCCUUAUAAGUGUGGUGAAUGUGGGAAUUCCUUUAGUCAAAGUGCCAUUCUUAAUCAACACCGAAGAAUCCACACUGGAGCAAAGCCUUAUGAGUGUGGCCAAUGUGGGAAAUCCUUUAGCCAAAAAGCUACCCUCAUUAAACACCAGAGAGUUCACACUGGAGAAAGGCCUUACAAGUGUGGUGAAUGUGGGAAAUCUUUUAGUCAGAGUUCCAUCCUUAUCCAACACCGGAGAAUUCAUACUGGAGCAAGGCCUUAUGAGUGUGGCCAAUGUGGAAAGUCCUUUAGCCAAAAGUCUGGCCUCAUUCAACACCAGGUGGUUCACACUGGAGAAAGGCCUUAUGAGUGUGAUAAAUGUGGGAAUUCCUUUAGCCAGUGCUCCAGCUUGAUUCACCACCAAAAAUGUCACAACAUGUAGAGGGCUCAUCAGUGUAGCAAAUGUAGAAAAGCCUUUAACUCAAAGUCUAACAUUGUUUAGCUCCUGAAACUCCACACUUGUAAAAGGCUUUAGACCUGCAGGGAAUGUGCUGUCUCUUUAGUAUUACAGCACUACAGAGCCUUUGUGUGGGAGCCGUCUGCCUGAAGUUGAACCUCAUAUUUCCAAACUUUCAUAGGGGUGAGGUUCCCCAUGAGGUUCAGGUGUGUGUGAGGCUCACAGGAGGUGUUCUGCUUGUUCUAAACUGCCUGAGGCCCUUGCCACAGUUAAAUCACUGUCAGUUUCUCUGGUAGAAGCCAUCUCCCCUCUACCACCUUGCACAGUGGACAAUGGUCACCCCGACAUGCUAAGGCAUGGCAAGCUUCUGUGCUCAUUCCCCAGAGGAAAUCUUGAGCAGUCUGAGCCUUUAGGAGGAAUCCAUUCUUUUUUCGGGCUGAUUAAAGCCUACAUCUUACCUAGUCUUGGCCAGUUGGAUAUAGCCUAGGUUCUGCUAGAGGCUAAUGUGGAAGGCUUCCCUUCAUGGAAAUUCUUGAUCUCACGUGACAUUUGGUUAUUCUUCCAGCCUCGGAGUCACCACCUGGUAACUGGCUGCCUCACAUUGCUCUGGUUUGUGUGCUAAUAAAGGCCUUAUUGUUAAAUCUACCUAUAAUCUUGGGGGUUUGUUUACUGUAUGGAGUGGGUGGAAAAGAGGUUCUGUAUGAAGGAAUGGGCAGCUUUUGUGGGCAUCUCAAUUUUGUGUGCCUCUGUAGGAAAAGUAAAAUGAUGGUAGUUCUUGUUCUGGUUUUGGUCCAAUUUGCUUUGCUGCCCAAGAUCUCCUAGGACAAAAUGUAAGGAUUCUGUUGACCUAAUUUGUGGCUUGGUUCCUCAUACUUUCUGUGAAACUAGAGGUCAUCCUAGGAGAGGUCAGUUAUGACAAGUUCCUGUGCAGGUGAGAGUAGGAUGAAAUUGUUUCGUUGUUCCCAGAGGAUGUGAUAUAAUGCCAACACUGUCGAGAAGCUUGUCACAAGGUUAUUCAAGGAGAUGUGCCCUGAUAUCAGUCAUUCUGUAGGCUGAUGUCACUCAGAAAACAAUGAGUCAGGUGUGAGCCAAUAUUUGGUACAAAUACUGGGUGUGGAGGAGCCUGCAGCAAACCGGAUGGAAUGUACAUCUCAUAAAAGUGCAUUCCCAAAUCUUCCACUGACUGGCUGUGAGUAGUCCAGGACCUAGAAAUCUGUGUCCAGCAGCUGAGGUCAUUGUCAGCUAAAAUAAUGUAAAGGUUUUGUGGAUUCUUGACUUUCUGGGUUGUUCACCUCAAGUCCAUUGCUGUAGAGGCAGGAAAAUGAGGAUAGAGAUAAUGGAGAUUCUAUAGGUUAGGGAUGUAGCUUUUGUGAUUCUACCGAUGUUGCUAUUGUCUCAAAUUGCAACAGCCUUCAUUGCCAAUAUUUCUGCACUGAUGGAUGCAGAGUUGCCAUUCUUUAGAAAUGAGGAAAGAAAUAAGGCAACCAACAUGGGGAUGCCAAGGCUUCUGGUUUCCCAAAAGUGAGAGAUCAGAUAUUUUGAACCAUGUUUUACAAACAUUCUUGAUAUAUAAGUAACAUGCAACCGUUUAUAUGUAUUUAUGGCAUAUAAUUUAAGAGUUUUGUCAUUUAAACUCAUGAAAUCAUCAUAAUCAUGAUCAUAAACAUAUCCAUGAUUCACCUUGUGCCCUUUUGUAAACUCUGCCUGUACUCCCCCAGACUGCAAGCAUCCAGUGAUUUGCUUUCAUUCAGAAGAGAAUAAUUUGUGUUUUUCUAGAAUUUUAUCUGAAUGGAAUCAUAGAAUGUUUACUCCUUUUUUUUCCUGAUG